CUGGAAGCUUCCUUCUUUCCUUUCAAUCCACUGAGCUUCACUUCGAGCGGCGCUUUCCACUCUUAGCUCGCCAUGGCCGCCGUAAAAGCUCUGAAUCCGAAAGCAGAGGUGGCCAGGGCCCAGGCCGCUUUGGCAGUGAAUAUAAGCGCGGCUCGGGGGCUUCAGGACGUGCUGAAGAGCAACCUGGGACCGAAGGGGACCAUGAAGAUGCUGGUUUCUGGAGCAGGAGACAUCAAGUUGACCAAAGAUGGCAACGUCCUGUUACACGAGAUGCAAAUUCAGCACCCUACAGCGUCUCUCAUCGCCAAGGUUGCCACCGCCCAAGAUGACAUCACAGGGGACGGGACCACCUCCAAUGUUCUCAUCAUUGGGGAGCUGCUGAAGCAGGCCGACCUCUACGUGUCAGAGGGUCUUCAUCCAAGAAUCAUUGCUGAGGGCUUCGACGCCGCCAAAGAAAAAGCUCUUGCCGUGCUGGAGGAGGUUAAGGUGACGUGUGAGAUGGACAGAGAGACCCUCAUCAACGUAGCACGCACCUCCCUCAGGACCAAAGUUCAUGCUGAGCUGGCUGACCUCCUCACUGAGGCUGUGGUGGAUGCAGUGUUGACCAUCGCUAAGCCCAACGAGCCAAUUGACUUGUACAUGGUGGAGAUCAUGGAGAUGAAACAUAAGACAGACUGUGACACUCAGCUGAUCAAAGGCCUCGUGUUGGACCAUGGGGCGAGACACCCUGACAUGAAAAAGCGUGUGGAGGAUGCGUACGUGCUGACGUGUAACGUGUCCCUGGAGUACGAGAAGACAGAGGUCAACUCUGGCUUUUUCUACAAGAGCGCCGAGGAGAGGGAGAAGUUUGUGGCUGCAGAGAGGAAGUUCAUCACGGAGCGUGUCCAUAAGAUCAUCGACCUCAAGAACAAAGUGUGCCCCAACGGAGAGAAGGGCUUUGUCGUCAUCAACCAGAAGGGAGUGGACCCCUUCUCUCUGGAUGCUCUGGCCAAGGAGGGCAUCGUCGCCCUGCGCAGAGCCAAGAGGAGGAACAUGGAAAGGCUGACGCUGGCAUGUGGCGGCAUCGCCAUGAACUCGGUUGAUGACCUCACGCCAGAUUGUUUGGGCCACGCGGGACUCGUGUACGAGCACACGCUGGGCGAGGAGAAGUACACAUUCAUCGAGAAAUGCGAGAACCCUCGCUCGGUCACACUGCUGGUCAAAGGUCCAAACAAACACACGCUCACGCAGAUUAAAGACGCCGUCAGGGAUGGCCUGCGCGCCGUCAAGAAUGCCAUCGAAGAUGGCUGCGUGGUGUCUGGCGCUGGCGCCUUGGAGGUGGCCCUGGCUGACGCCCUUAUCAAGCACAAAGCUAACGUGAAAGGAAGAGCUCAACUUGGCGUACAGGCCUUUGCUGACGCCCUCCUGGUCAUUCCCAAGGUUCUGGCCCAGAACUCAGGUUAUGACCCUCAGGAGACACUGCUCAAGCUGCAGACCGAGUAUAAAGAGUCCGGUCAGCUGGUGGGCGUAGACUUGAGCACAGGUGAGGCCAUGGUGGCGGGGGAGGCCGGUGUGUGGGACAACUACAGCGUGAAGAAGCAGCUGCUUCACUCCUGCACGGUAAUCGCCAGCAACAUCCUGCUUGUGGAUGAGAUCAUGAGGGCUGGAAUGUCUUCUCUCAAAGGUUAAAGGGUCAUGGUCAAGUGAAGCAGUAGACAAAACAUCAUCACGCUAGUUAGUUUUUUUUUUUUGUUUUUUUUUUUUAAAUCAACUCCUCCCUUGAGAACCAUUGGAUUUGUUUAUUUAUGACAUUUUGUUGAAAUGUCCAAAGCACUGACCUCUGCCAGCAAGUUCUCUGUGUGUCCAUUAAAGAUGUUACGCCUCCAA